AUGGCAUGUGAAUUAAAAGAAUUUUUGGUUAAGAAUGAUAUGUAUCCUAUGGGAGAUCAAGUUGAAAAGAAAAGAAAAGCAAUCUCUAAAAUGACUGAAUAUAUUCAACAGUGGGGAAAAAAGAUAUAUAUUGAAAGUGCAGGUGUUGCUGAUGAUACUGAUGUAAGAGCCGCAACGAUUUAUGUUUAUGGUUCUUAUAGAUUAAAUGUGUAUGGAAAUAAUUCAGAUAUUGAUGCAUGUAUUGUAUCUAAUUCAACAAUUACAAGAGACGAUUUUUAUGAUGGGUUAUAUGCUGAAUUAUUAAAUAAUCCUGAUGUAAAAGAAUUAAAACAAAUUCCAUCAAAACGAUCACCACAUUUAUCAAUGAUUUAUCUUAAUAUUGAAUUUGAUUUAAAUUUUUCGAGAACAGCGUACACUUCAUUACCUGAUAAUUUAGAUAUUCUUAAUGAAAAUAUAUUAAAAAAUAUGGAUGAACUUGAUACUCGUGCUAUUAACGGUGUUAGAAAUACAGACAUUAUUGAUGCAUUUGUUCCAAACCAUUCUGAAGAAGCAUUUAGAGUAAUGGUACGUACUAUUAAAUUAUGGACAAAAAAGAGAGGAAUAUACGGAUAUGUUUAUUGUUUUCUAAAUGGUAUUUCAAUAGAAAUAUUAGUUGCUCAAGUUAUUAGUGAAAAUUAUCAAUUAGAUAAUGUUCGUUUAUUAGAAAAAUUUUUUCAAGUGUAUUCUUCAUGGGAUUGGUUAAGAGCUCCAGUUAUGCUUGGUACUAAUGAUGAUUUUAAUGAUAAAAAGAAAGAAGGUGUUAUUCAAAUUUUAACACCAGCAUCUCCUAGUGAAAAUGCUGCUUUUAGUAUUACUAAAUUCUCAUUAGAACUGAUUAAAAGAGAGUUAAAAAGAGGACAAGAAAUAGUUCAUGAAUUUAGUUCUGAAGGUGUUAAUGAUUGGGCAAAGUUGUUUAAACCAAGACAUCUUUUCUGUGGCUAUUAUAUUUUUAUUGAAUUUAUUGUAACUUCUUCUUCACUAGAAGGACUUACAACUACAAUUGGUAAAUUUGAAUCAGGUUUGGUUAAUUUAAUGAAAGGUUUAAGUGAAAUUGAAGAGAUAGUUGAAGCAAAUGUAAUUCCAAAUGGAUUUUUAGAUGAAGAAAAUGAAAAGUAUUUUUAUUAUGUUGGAAUGAAUGUUAAAAGAGAUUGUCCCGUUGAUAUAUCCACUCCAUUGAAUUCUUUUUUGAGUAUCGUUAAUUCAGGAAAAGAUUUAAUUGUUGAUGCUUCAAUUAAAAAGAGAUCUGAAAUACCUACUAAAUUUGCUCAUUCUGUUAAAAAAUCUAUCAAUAAAAGUCAAGAAGUUAAAGAAACAUCUUCGCAAGUACCUUCUUCUGUAACAGAAACAUUUGAUAUUCCAACUAAACCUUCUAUUGAACAACAACUUAAAGCAAAAGAAGAAAAUUCUAUUCCUAUUGAAGAAAAGAAAGAACAACUUAAAAAAGAAAUGAAGCAAGAAGCAAACACUAUUGUUAAAAAUUCUUCAACUGAUGAUGAUUUUAUGAAAAGAUUUACAAGAAAAAAUUGA